GUUUACGUCGUCGGUUUCACUCUCCAUAUCCGAUCGGGUAUUGCUUUUCCUGGCAGAGAGUGCAGAUUUUAAGCCCCAGCUUUUUCAAUCUAGGAUUUCUCUCGGCACAUGUAGAUGUCCGGGAGAUUGGUUUUCUUCUGCAACAGCAUUUACAAAGCGAUUCUGAAGAGAUAAGAUGAGACGGGAUCCGUUGUUAUCUGAAUCAUAUUUUCUCUUUUAGUUUUAUUGUGCUGCUUGAUUUAUUCGGUUGAUUGAUCUGCCUUGCCUGAGAUGAAUCCUCUGUGUUGCAUUGCUCCUGUUUCGAUCGAGCGGGACCAUGGUGACCCUGCAGUAACAAAGUCUACGGCACAGUCCCCGUUAGGGUUUGAUAGCUCUGUUAAAAAUGAGAGAUUUGGUUUAAACAAACAGAGUUUCUCUAAUCAGGUUUCUUUGGGGGUUACUGGUUCGGACUUUGGGCCGUCUAUCACAGCGAAUCAUGAGGUGGAAGAGAAGGUGGCUGAAGGAAGAGAUUCCAAGGGCUGUUGCAGUAAUGGCGUUGUCAAUGGCAGUGUAGCUGGAAUUCUUCACAAGUGGGUGAAUUACGGAAAAGGAUGGAGGUCUAGGUGGUUUGUGCUCGAGGACGGGGUCCUUUCCUAUUACAAGGUUCAUGGGCCGGACAAAAUUUCGGUGAGUCCUGUGAGAGAGAAGGGCGCUAAGGUGAUUGGAGAGGACUCGCUGAGGUAUAUGCAGAAGGCCAACUGUGGUAGUGGUUCACGUAGAUCCGUAAAGCAGUGGAAGCCAUUCGGGAAGAUUCAUUUGAAGGUUUCUUCAGUUCAUGCGAGUAAGUCUGAUGAUAGAAGACUUUCAAUAUUCUCAGGCACCAAUACUGUUCACUUGUGGUGUUUGUCUAGAGAGGACAGAGCCGCAUGGAUUGAGGCACUGCUGGCUGCUAAAGACCUUUUUCCCAGUUUGCCAACGAGCAAUGACUUUUCAACCUCUGAAGACAUUGUCGUUUCUACUGAGAAGCUGCGCUCACGAUUACUGCAGGAGGGGCUGAAUGAUGCAGUCAUUAAGGACUGUGAAUCUAUCAUGCUUUUGGAACUCUCUCAGUUGCAAAACCAGUUAAAGGCUCUUCAACAUAAACAUGUUAUUCUCCUAGACACUUUGAGACAAUUAGAGACAGAAAAAGUAGAGCUGGAAACUACUGUAUUGGAUGAAACGAAGGAGCGAGAAUCAUAUAUUGGACAAGGAAAUGGAAGAUUAAGUGAUUUUUAUUCAAUCAUGUCAGAAGGUAGUGCAAGUGAUUUUGAUCCAGAUAAUGAGAGUCAAGAUGGUGUAGAUGCUGAAACAGAUGAAGAUGAUGGAAUAUAUUUUGAUACAAGGGACUUUUUGUCUUCAGAGUCCCUAAGAAGUGCUUCCUAUCGUAGUAGGGAGACUAUGAGGAAAGGUUGUAAUGCUUUAACAUCUGGUAAGGACUUCUGCUUUUCUGACCAUACAUCUGAGGUUGAUGUGGAGAUCAAGGCCAUUGAAUAUCCUUAUGUGAAAAGAAGGGACAGGUUGCCUGAAUCAAAAGAAAAAGAGAAGCCAGUUGGUCUGUGGUCGAUAAUCAAAGAAAAUAUUGGAAAAGAUCUAUCGGGAGUUUGUCUUCCUGUCUACUUCAAUGAACCACUUUCUUCAUUGCAGAAGUGCUUUGAGGAUUUGGAGUAUUCUUACCUGGUUGAUCGAGCAUCAGAAUGGGGCAAGAAGGGGAAUAGUUUGAUGAGAAUUCUGAAUGUUGCGGCUUUUGCUGUGUCUGGCUAUGCUUCCACGGAAGGUCGGCACUGCAAGCCUUUCAACCCUUUGCUAGGGGAAACAUAUGAGGCUGACUAUCCAGACAAAGGUCUCCAUUUCUUCUCUGAAAAGGUUAGUCACCACCCAAUGAUUGUUGCUUGCCAUUGCGAUGGCAGAGGCUGGAAAUUCUGGGCAGAUUCUAAUCUGAAAGGCAAGUUUUGGGGACGCUCAAUCCAGCUUGAUCCUGUUGGUGUUCUCACCCUUCAGUUUGAAGACGGAGAGACAUUUCAGUGGAGCAAGGUCACAACUUCUAUCUACAACAUCAUACUUGGUAAAAUCUACUGUGACCAUUAUGGGACCAUGCGCAUAAAGGGCAGUGGUAAUUACUCUUGCAAGCUCAAGUUCAAGGAGCAGUCUAUCAUUGACCGAACUCCUCACCAGGUGCAAGGAUUUGUGCAAGACGAUAAAACUGGAAACAAGGUGGCAAUGUUGGUAGGAAAGUGGGAUGAAGCAAUGUAUUAUGUGCUGGGAGAUCCAACUACAAAGUCCAAAGGGUAUGAUCCCAUGUCAGAAGCUGUGCUACUGUGGGAACGAGACAAAUCUGUUAACCAGACACGAUACAACCUCACUCCUUUUGCAAUUUCCUUGAAUGAAUUGACACCUUGCCUACAGAAAAAGUUGCCUCCUACUGAUUCAAGGCUCAGGCCUGACCAGAGGCAUUUAGAAAAUGGGGAAUAUGAGCUGGCAAAUGCAGAGAAGCUUAGGCUCGAACAGUCACAAAGACAGGCGAGGAAAUUACAGGAGAGAGGAUGGCAGCCGAGAUGGUUCCAGAAGGACGAGGAUGGGUGUUAUCGUUAUAUUGGUGGCUAUUGGGAAGCAAGAGAGAUGGGCAAAUGGGAUGGGAUUCCUGCUAUAUUUGAAAAAAGCAGCGAUAUCUUGCCAUAUUUAGAUGAAAGGUAGUUUCCAGUCCAAACUGUGUCAUGAGUUCCAUUUAGGAUGUAUAGUUCUGUAAGUUUUUAUAGAGACUAUAUCCUGUCACAUAUAAUUCUUAUGC